AUGGCUGACAGGAGACCCCUUACAUAUUCUUAUGGUACUACCGUCAGUUCCGCCAGAACCCCAGGUGGCACAACUUCCAGUACUACUACCUCUUCCGGUUCUCGAUAUACCGCUUUGAGGGGUAGCACCGACCAAGGUGGACUCACGGUGGUCACUCAGGAUGGACUGAGGAGAGAUGGCACUCUAGACUACAAGCUCAAACAACCUUCCACACCGACGCAAGGGACUAAAGAGACUGACACCAAAUCACCUUCUGGUGCUGGUUCUGGGUCUAGUACCAGAGGGAACAACAUGUUUGAGCUGUGGGGAAGCGAUGAUGAAUCUGAAUAG